GGGUGGGGGGAAGAAAACGAGGCAAAGAAAGAGUACGAUUUAGUUUUAGGAAUGAAAGUGAUCUCAAUAAAUUAAAAUAGAAUAGAAAUGUCAAUGAUCUCGAUCUCGAUCUCGUCUCUUUUUGUCUCAAUCUUUUGUUUCAUUGAAAAGCAGAAAUCCCUCCCAAUGACUUAGAAAGAAAGAAAGAAAGAAAGAAAAUGCCAGGAGUUGUAGAAGAAGAAGAGUACAGUGAUGAUACUCAUCUUCUCCGAUCAACCAACGACCAUGAUCAUGAAGGCGUCGUAGUCGUCCUCGACAUCGAACAACAACAACAACCCUACGCCGCCUUCUCAUCUCCCUCCUCCUCUUCUUCUUCCAAACCUCGUCGCCACAGUUUCAAGCGCCUCCUCGAUAGAACCAUUUCUUCUUCUUCUUCUGUAAGAGACAGAGACAGAGACAGAGACAGAGACAGAGAUCCUGUUGUUGUUGAUGCGGAUCCUAACGAUGAUGCAGUUCUAACCGACGCUGGUGCACCUCCCGAAUGGGUUUUACUCCUCUUGGGUUGCCUUCUCGGCCUCGCCACGGGUCUCUUCGUCGCCGCUUUCAACAAAGGUGUCCACGUCAUCCACGAAUGGGCCUGGGCCGGUACUCCCAGCGAAGGUGCCGCUUGGCUCCGAUUGCAGCGCCUCGCCGACACCUGGCAUCGUAUUCUCUUGAUUCCUGUCACCGGUGGUGUUAUCGUUGGGAUGAUGCAUGGUUUGCUUGAGAUUUUGGACCAAAUCAGACAAUCCAUUUCCAAUUCCAACAAAUCCAAAUCCCAAAGGCAAGGUUUUGAUUUCGUUGCUGCUGUUUUCCCCACCAUUAAGGCGAUUCAAGCUGCUGUCACUUUAGGUACUGGUUGUUCUUUGGGUCCUGAGGGUCCAAGUGUCGAUAUUGGCACAUCCUGCGCUAAGGGUUUCUCUGUUAUGAUGGAUAAUAGCAGUGAUAGGGAAUUGGCUCUUCUUGCUGCUGGUGCUGCUGCUGGCAUUGCUUCUGGUUUUAAUGCAGCAGUUGCUGGUUGUUUCUUCGCAAUUGAAACUGUGUUAAGGUCUAACAAAGCAGAGAACUCUCCUCCAUUUACAACUGCGAUGAUAAUAUUGGCCUCUGUCAUCUCAUCAACUGUAUCAAAUGUUUCACUUGGGACACAAUCAGCUUUCACAGUGCCUACAUAUGAUUUGAAAUCUGCUGCUGAACUACCUUUGUACCUGAUAUUGGGCAUGCUAUGCGGUGUUGUCAGUGUAGUCUUCACUCGCUUGGUUACUUGGUUCACAAAUUUCUUUGACUUCAUCAAAGAAAAAUUUGGCCUUCCUGCUGUUGUGUGCCCUGCUUUAGGUGGUUUAGGAGCUGGAAUAAUAGCUCUUAAGUAUCCUGGAAUACUGUACUGGGGUUUCACAAAUGUUGAAGAGAUUCUACGUACUGGGAAUUCUGCUUCAGCUCCUGGAAUCUGGCUGUUAACUCAAUUAUCAGCGGCCAAAGUUGUGGCCACAGCUCUGUGCAAGGGGUCUGGACUUGUAGGUGGACUUUAUGCACCAAGUUUGAUGAUUGGUGCUGCUGUUGGUGCUGUAUUUGGUGGCUUAGCUGCAGAACUUAUCAAUUCGGCAAUUCCAGGAAAUGCCGCUGUUGCCCAGCCACAGGCAUAUGCUCUGGUAGGAAUGGCUGCUACAUUAGCUUCUGUUUGUUCAGUACCCUUGACAUCAGUCCUUCUCCUGUUUGAGUUGACAAAAGAUUACAGGAUAUUGCUUCCUCUCAUGGGCGCUGUUGGAUUAGCAAUAUGGGUUCCCUCUGUGACAAACCAGGGCAAGGACAGUAAAGCAUCUGAUGCACGGAGUUCAGUGAGAGGUUAUGCUUCUCUUUCACUUGCUGAUGACAAAGAUGAUGGAGGUGAUUUAGAACUUUCUGUUAUAGAAAAUGGUGCAGAUAUUGAGGCAUUGGAUAAGCUUCUGGAAAAACUGGAGGUUUCUCAGGCCAUGUCAAAGAGUUGUGUCAAGGUUUCCUCGGAAAUAACCUUGAAGGAGGCAAGAGAUCAUAUGGAUGAUAACCAGCAAACUUGUGUACUGGUGGUUGAUGAGGAAGGCCUUUUAGAGGGAAUACUAACAUGUGGUGACAUUAGGCGGUAUCUUUCUAAGAAGUCUAGUGACGAUGCCAAAAGUGAUUCAAGACAUUUGGAUGUGAGUGCAUGUCUUGUUUCCUCUGUUUGUACUCGAGGUUUAAGCUAUCGCGGGCGAGAGCGUGGACUUUUAACCUGUUAUCCGGACACCAAUUUGGCCGUUGCCAAGGAGUUAAUGGAGGCCAAGGGCAUCAAGCAGCUGCCUGUGGUUAAGCGGGGUGUGGAAUCCAACAAAGAAAGGAAGCGAAGGAUUAUUGCUCUUCUUCAUUAUGAUUCAAUCUGGAACUGUCUCAGAGAGGAGAUUAAUCGCAGAAAUUCCAUAUAUCAGCAUAGAAAAGAGAACAAUCAAGAGGUGCUGGUUACUAAUGGUCAUUGAUGGGGUCAUACAAUUGAUUGUCAGAGUUCCUUCAACUGCCCCUGCAAAAGAAAAGUUAAAAGUUGAAAGUGAGACCAUGGCCAUCAUUUUUGUUUUGCUGGUUUUGGGCCUCCUAAGUCAGCGAUAUCCAAAUAUAUAUUCGCGAGUCUCUAACUUUGGGGGUUGAGAUCUAUUUUACAACAACUUUUUGCUGAUAUCCAAGAUUCCUCAGUGUAAUAUAGAAUUAGCGCUUUGUACAUGCAAAUUUCUAUUACAAUUCAUAUCUCAAUGAAAAAGAAGAAGAGAAAAUCUAUUACAAUUCGUGUCAGAAAUGUAACUUGAGUGAAAAGAAUAGGAAGCACAGUUUGAGUUGAAUUUAAAAGUAUUGAAGCAAGCGAAAUUGGCCGACUUAAA